AUGCCCCUGGACAUUGCCAUUAUCGGCGCGGGCAUCGCCGGGUUGACCGCCGCCGUGUCCCUCCGCCGCAGUGGCCAUCGUGUUCAGAUUUACGAAGCAUCAGCCUUUUCUGGCGAGAUUGGCGCAGCCUUGAACCUGACGCCAAAUGGCGUCCAGGUACUCCAACAUCUCGGGUUUGACUUUGAACGGGCCAAGGCCGUCCAGAUGGUCAACUGGGACACCGUCAGUGGCAUAGACCUUGGCAGAAUCGCCUGCCAAGAUUUGCACGCCGCCGCCGACAAGUUUGGCGCUCCCUUCUUCGCCGUUCACCGGGUGGACUUGCACGGGGAGCUCAUGAGGCUGGCCAACGUCUCCGAGGCGCGAGGGCCAGCAACGGGCCAGCAAGCAGACGGCAUCCUGCUUCAGCUUGCCUCGCCCGUGACAAGGGUGGACGCCGAGGAGGGGCGGAUUGAGUUUGCAGACGGGACCGUCAGGCAUGCCGACCUCGUCGUGGGCGCCGACGGCCUGCGUUCUGUCGUGCGCGAUGCAGUGGCUCGCGGCGCCGGCGUUGGUGAGCCCGUUGGCCUCGUGGCGACGGGCCAGAGCGCUUUUCGCUUUCUCGUCCCGACCGAGGACCUGCAGGCCACUGCGUCUGGGCGCAAGCUGCUGGCGUGGAAGACCCCUGGUGCCUGCUUGCUGGCCGACACCAAGCUUGUGGACAAGGAGCGGCACAUCAUGUGGUAUCCCUGUCGAGAUGGCGCUGUUCAGAACUUUGUAGGGAUACAUCCGUCUCUGGACACGUCGGAAGCGGAUGCGGCCCCAGAUGUGCAGGCUCAGAUGUUGCGACAGUUUGGGCAUUUCGACGCAGAUGUUGUACAGAUUCUCAGGGACGCCAAGGACACCAAGUGCUGGCCGCUCUUCUCGAUGAAGCCGCUUUCAUCCUGGACAUUUGGCAAAGCCGUAUUGAUUGGCGACGCUGCUCAUCCGAUGCUUCCAUUCGGCGGGCAGGGCUCCAACCAAGCCAUCGAGGACGGCGGCGUCUUGGGUCGUGUCCUCACCGGCGUCCAAGAUGCCGCAGGGCUUCCUCAACGUCUGGAGCUCUUUGACAAGCUUCGGGUGCUUCGGGCCUCGCGGAUCCAGGUUCUGUCCAGCGUCCGGGCCAACAACGAACAUCUUGUCCAGGACCAGAUCGCUCAAUACAUGGAGCCUGGAGUGCCGCGUACGUGCAGCCCCUGA